AUGGACAGCGCCAAGCGCGCCAGCAGUAUCAUCCCCCGCGCCAUCCUCGGGGGCAACAAUUUCAUUGUUCUGGCAUCGUCGGCCAUUACCACGGGCAUUCUAUCCCACUUCAUCCACCAUUACCGAGCCCGCGGAACUCACCUGGUCUACCAGGAGGUCAUUGCCGUUGUCACGCUCUUCAUCUACCUGUUCGCCAUGUUUUUGCCAGCCCUCAAGUCCUACCGUGGUUACCUUCUUCCGCUAAACUUGGCGCUAUCAUACCUUUGGCUCACGUCUCUCAUCUUCUCGUCCCAGGACUACAGCGGGCACCGGUGCUACUACAACUCGCCGCCACUAGUGAACCGGUGCGGUCUGAAGCAUACUGUGCAAGCAUUCAACAUCAUUGGCUUUGUUGCUCUUCUCGGAAACAGCAUUACCGAGGGCCUAAUGUGGGCUCGUCACCGAGGGAGCCAACCCUUGGGCGGUGAUGUAGAAAAGGACCGACCACUGACGUCGGCAGCUGAGCGUGCGGGUUUGCCUAUUGGCGCCAACGGAGACGGACAGAGGCAUGCUGCCGUGUAG